AUGUCCCUCGACUCCGCAUCACCGCUAGUCUCUGACCCGCAAGCCCGCGUCUUGAGCUCAUCGUGCUUCGACUUCCUGCUCAUCGAGCUGGUGCCGAUGGCCGAGCGUAUAGCCAAGAAGCUCGUGGCCGAAGAAAAAGAUGCGGAUGAUGAAGAGGUUCGCGAAACGACCUUCUUCCGCCUGGAAUCAUUAGGCUAUCGCGUUGGACAGGGUCUGGCGGAAAGGUUUUCCCGGGACCGUCCCCGCUUCACCGAUAAUUUGGAUGUCAUCAAGUUCCUCUGCAAGGACCUCUGGACAGUCUUGUUCCGAAAACAAGUGGACAAUUUGAAAACAAACCAUCGGGGGGUUUACGUCCUGACGGACAGCGCGUUUCGACCGUUCGCUCGCAUGAGCAUGGCAGUGCGAGGCGAUGCGAUUUCCAUGGCGCAAGCGUACUUGUGGUUUCCCUGUGGGAUUAUCCGAGGCGCGCUGGCCAAUUUAGGCAUCAACACCACCGUGCAGGCGGAGACAUCAGACCUGCCAGGCGCGACGUUUCAGAUCAAAACCGUCCAGUCCCGACCAUGA